GCGUCUGUUGAAGUAGCAGGCUUUAUUUCCGGUCCGGUAAGCUUCGACGAAGACUCCUAAACGUCGUAGCACUCUCUUAUAUAUAAAACCCUGCGAGACGAUAAAGAUUUAGGGUUUUGAAUUCGUAACAGAGAGAAAGAAAAGCAGAAGAAGAAGAAGAAGAAGAAGAGAGGUUUAGAGAUGGGAGGGUGUUUUUCCGACGUGAAAGGUGGCAAGCAAGCAGUGGGUGGGGGCCAUCAGAGGCCCAUCAACAGGGACGGCGACGUAAACGACGCCGUUGAGCUCUUUAACCGCGCUCGUGGGGUUGAAUCACUAUGCACUCCUCUCGAGUUAUCACUGUCAGCAACUAACUUGAUUGAUCGGGACAUUGCAUCAAAGAGUGAUCCCAUGGUCGUGGUUUAUGUGAAGAAAGGAGAUGGUUUUCUAGGUAAGCUAGAGGAGCUAGGGAGAACUGAAGUGAUAAUGAAUAAUUUGAGUCCAGCAUGGAUUGAGAAAAUUACAGUUUCCUAUCAGUUCGAGGUUGUGCAGCCAUUGAUAUUCCAGGUCUAUGAUGUCGAUACGAAAUAUCACAAUGUAAACGUAAAGACACUGAAGUUGGAGGAUCAGGAAUUUCUUGGGGAAGGCAGUUGCAAUCUUUCAGAGAUAGUGACAAAACAAAGUCGAAGUGUAACCUUGAAGCUGCAUAACAGAAGCGGGCGUGGAGGUACGAGAAACUUAGGAACACUCACUGUCCAUGCUGAAGAAACUAUGGCUUCGAAGAGUGUUGUUGAGAUAAAGUUUUGUUGUUCCCAAUUGGAAAACAAAGACUUCUUCUCUAAAAGUGAUCCUUUCUUAAGAGUAUCAAGAAUUGUUGAGAGUGGAAGUUCUGUUCCAAUUUGUAAGACUGAAGUAGUGGAUAACAAUUUAAAUCCAGUUUGGAAACCACUGUCCCUGAGUAUGCAGCAGUUUGGAAGCAAGGAUAAUCCAUUAAUCAUCGAGUGCUUUGAUUUCAACAGUAAUGGCAAUCAUGUUCUUAUUGGGAAACUUCAAAAAUCUGUGGCAGACCUGGAGAGAUUAUUCAAAGAAAGAAGUAGGGUGAAUUUUGUCAUUCCAUCUUCUCUUGGUUGUGAAAAGUUGUCAAAGGGUCAGUUGUUUGUGGAUCAAUUUAAUGAGAAGCAGCAGUUCAGCUUUGUCGAUUAUAUUUCCAGUGGGUUUGAGCUUAACUUCAUGGUUGCUGUUGACUUUACUGCUUCAAAUGGAGAUCCUCGAAAACCUGAUUCGUUGCACUACAUUGAUACAUAUGGCCGGUUGAAUUCUUACCAGCAGGCAAUAACAGAAGUUGGGGAAGUUAUUCAGUUUUAUGAUGCUGAUAAACGUUUUCCUGCUUGGGGCUUUGGAGGAAGGACAGCUGGAGGGCCUGUGUCGCACUGUUUUAACUUGGAUGGAACUGCAACUGGCUUUGAGGUUGAAGGAGUUGAAGGCAUAAUGACUGCUUAUGCCAGUGCCCUACACAAUGUUACUCUAUCAGGACCCACUGUCUUUGGCCCAGUGGUUAAUAGGGCUGCAGAGAUUGCUGGCAAUUCUCUAUUCCACAGCAACAAUAAGUACUAUGUGUUGCUGAUUAUAACGGAUGGGAUCCUUACAGACCUCCAGGAAACAACAGAUGCUUUUGUGAGGGCAUCUGAUCUUCCCCUCUCAAUUCUAAUAGUUGGAGUAGGAACAGCGGAUUUUAAACAAAUGGAGAUUCUCGAUGCUGAUAAUGGACAGCGAUUAUCAAGUUCAACAGGUCGUGUGGCUACAAGAGACGUCGUACAGUUUGUUCCUAUGAGAGAUGUGCAUAGUGGGCGAAUUUCGGCUCUUCAAUCUCUUCUCGAAGAGCUGCCUGGACAGUUCUUGAGCUACAUGCGCGCCAGAGACAUCAAGCCUCUCACUUUCAAUGCAACCCAACCAUCUGCUCCACAACUUUAGAACAGCGAACAGUGUUCUAGUAUCAGCACCCCUAAAGUUCGUCUAGAUAUGUAGAUGAAAUUGACCGGUGAUUAGUUAGCACUUAUGUCUUCCUCUUACAAAGGGCA